UGCCACUUGUCUACGGGAACCGCAAAGAGGUAAAGCGGAUGUUGGGGAGAGGGAGGGGUGGCAAGUAGAGGCGACCAUUACGGGCCGCUCCCCGCAUUACUUUCGUGGGGCUUCGAAGAAAUAAAGCAAAGCGCCUUCGUGACCCUUCGAUCCCCUGAGGCCCGUAAAAGGGAAGGCUUUCCUCCCGGCCGCUGCUGCAACCUCCCUUCAUUUACUUCAGCCGGCCGCCGUCAUGUUCAGGAAACUGAAGCAGAAAAUCAGCGAGGAACAAACAUCAGGCCCCCGAACCCCUGACGCCCGCGCUCCAGCCUUUCCUCAGGAAUCUCCUGCAUCUUCACCAUCAAUACCUAGGAACAGAACAUCUUCUCUUACUGAGCAAAAUGAUGAAAGCAUUUUAACUCCCAAUAGAGAGCUGCUAGCUGGGAUGAUAUCAGAGCCUGCUUUUCUUUCUGAAUAUACUGUUUUUGCUUUGGAUCCUACCAAACGUCCUAAGCCAAAGAGUGAGAGUGUGAUUAUACAUAAACAAAAUACUAGCAAUAGUGAAAAUGAACCAUCUUCCCCACAGCCUAGUGAUGGCCAGUCUUUUACACAGAAGCUUCAACUCCGGGUUUCUUCAAUGGAAUCAUUAUUUCGAAGUCCCUUAAAAGAAUCUCUGUUCCGGUCCCCUUCUAAAGAAUCCUUAGUGCGGACAUCUUCAAAAGAUUCUCUGAACAAACUGGAUUUCGAUUCUCCUUGUCCAACAUUUGAUCCACCUUCUGAUGUUGAAAGUGAAGCAGAAGAAUUACCUGGAAAUGUUGAUAGUUUUCCCAAGGAACAGUUGUUGCAUCGAUUACAUAGAAUGGAACGAAGUUUAGGGUGCUACAGGGGAAAAUACUCAGAGUUGGUCACUGCCUAUCAAGUUUUACAAAGAGAAAAGAAAAAAUUACAGGGAAUAUUGAGCCAGAGUCAGGAUAAAGCACUUCGCAGAAUUGGUGAACUGCGGGAGGAACUUCAGAUGGAUCAACAAGCAAAAAAACACCUUCAGGAGGAAUUUGAUGCAUCCUUAGAAGAAAAGGACCAACUUAUCAGUGUCCUGCAGACACAGGUGUCAUUACUGAAGCAACGAUUACAUAAUGGCCAGAUAAGCAUUGAACUACCUAAUCCAAAUGUUCAAACUCAAUCACAAGUUCAGAGUCCAGUAAAAGAUCAGAAUACGGAGAAUACUUUGCAGCCAGAGAGUCCUGUUGGUAAUGAGGAUCCUGAUAAAACAAUAGAAACUCUAACUCAGCGAGUAAAACGUCAAGAAAACUUGCUUCAUCGAUGUAAAGAAACAAUUAAAUCUCACAAGGAGCGCUCAGCACAGCUGACCAGUGAGAAAGAAGUACUGCAGGAACAACUAGAUGAGAGGCUUCAGGAGCUAGAGAAAAUAAAGGAUCUUCAUAUGGCUGACAAGACCAAACUUAUUACUCAGCUACGUGAUGCCAAAAACCUGAUAGAACAGUUAGAGCAAGAUAAAGGCAUGGUUAUAGCAGAAACAAAACGGCAAAUGCAUGAAACUCUGGAACUGAAGGAAGAAGAAAUUGCCCAGUUGCGUAUUCAUAUCAAGCAGGUGGUUUUGCAGAGCGAAGAACUAAAAGAACAGAAAGAAAAGUCUGAAAAAGCUGCAUUUGAAGAGCUUGAGAAGACUUUAAGUGCAGCUCAAAGGGCUGAAGAAACACGCAAGAAAUUGCAAGCAGAAAUGGAUGAAAAAAUCAAAGCUGUUGAAAAAGCAAAUGAAGAAGAACGUGUGACCCUUCAACAGGAAUUAACAAGGGUGAAGCAGGAAGUAGUUAGUAUUAUGAAGAAAUCUUCAGAAGAUCGAUUUAUUGAGUUGGAGAAAUUACAUAAAAAUGAACUGGCCAGCAAAGAUAAGACAGUAAAUGACAGAUUACAAAUUCAAGAACAGAAAUUCCAGGAACAAAUGAAAACAGCUCUUGAAAAAUGCCAGAGUGAUCAUCUACAGACAAUGAAAGAAAAAGAACAGCAAGGUUUAUUAGCUUUAGAAGAAUUAGAAUUGCAGAAGAAAGCACUGCAGUUGGAAUGCAACAAAAAGCUUGAAGAUAUGCAACAGGAAGUAGAAGCUUUCAAAACAAGAAUUCUUGAGUUGGAAAGUUCCCUUACAAAAUGUGCACAAAAUGAUAAAAACCAGUUGGAAGAACGGGCUACUCAAACAGAAUCAGAAAAAAAUGAGCACAAUAAAGAAAUAGCUACUAUGAUUGAAAAACAUAGAAAAGAAAUUGAAGAUAUGAAGCAGCAGGAACAACUUUGGAAAGAACAGCUUGACAUAUUAACCCUGCAACAGCAAUCAGAAAUGGAAAAAUUGAGAAAACAUCAUGAAGAAGAAAUAGCUAAACUAUUAAAGGAAAAAGAGGCUAUGUUUCAUGCCCAUGUAGAAGAGAUGAAUGAAAAAACUUUAGAAAAGCUUGAUGUGAAACAAACAGAGCUAGAAGCACUUUCAUCUGAAUUAUCAGAUGCUCUGAACAGCCAUCAAAAUCUUGAACAGUGUCUGUUCAAGUUAAAAGAGGAUGCAGAUAAAGCAAAGCUGGAAUUUGAGGCAAAACUUGAUCAGCAAAAGAAUAAUCAUAAGGAACAAAUUGAAGCUAUUUUGAAAGACCAGGAAGUAGUUGAGAAAACAUUGAAAGAAGAAAUUAGUCAACUCAAACAACUCUUGGAAGCAAAAGAGAAAUGUCAAGAUGAAUCAGAAGAACAACUGAAAAAAAUGAAAGAAUCUCUAGUAAAAGCGGAAUCACAAUGUAAAAAAAUGUCUGCAGAAUUAGAUGUCUUGUGUCAGUCCAGGGAAAAUAAUGCAAGUAUUUAUGAAAUCAAGUUAAAAGAUUUGCAGCAGGAAUUGGAAGUUAUAAAAGAUGAAAAAUCAAAACUUGAAGAACAAAUAAUAACAACUGAAACCCAAUUGAAUGAAGUCAAAGCUGAGUUAGAUUCUCAGAUAUCCCAGGUAAAUGAUCUGAAAAGUGAACUGGAAGAGGAAAAGAGAGAAAAUAUACGGAAAACCUCAUCUCUGACAGAAAGGUAUGAAUCACAGUUAAGAAACCUUGGUGAAGAGCUCAGUCAGGUAAAGAGUCAUUGUACUGACAAGGAAAAUGAAAUUGGACAAAUAAAGGAUCUCCUGAAUCAACAGAUUGAAAAGCAUGGACAGCAAUUAUCAGCCAAAGAAGAAGAAAUUAGUUCUUUAAGAGAUGAAUACGAAAUCAAGUUAAAACAGCAAGAGACACAAACAGAGCAAGCUAAAGAAAAAGCAAAAAAAAUGCAUGAAGUAUUUAAGCAAAAGCUUUCAGAACAAGAAGCAAAACUAAAAAAAGAGAUUGAGAACAAACAGUUGGAGUUUAGUCAGAAAGAGAAACAAUUCAAUUCAAAAAUACUGGAAAUGGCUCAUGCCAGUUCAGCUGGAAUCAAUGAUGCUGUAUCAAAGCUGGAGAUGAAUCAGAAGGAACAACUAGAAAGCAUGGCUGAAGCUCACAAACGAGAAGUAGAUGAAGUUGUACAUCUUUGGGAAACGAAACUAAAUCAACAGGCUGAAGAAUUUCAGGAAAAGCAUGAAACAGAAUUGCAAGAAAAAGACCAGGAAAUAAGAGACCUGAAAGAAAGACUGGCCACCUUCAAUACUGAAAGGGAAGGGAAUAAUGCAGAGAUUACAUGGUUAAAGGAUGAACAUAGAAAGAAGGACAAAACUAUAAAUGAAUUUCAAAAGCAACUGCAACAGACAUUAGCCCAAGUGAAUAUUUUGACACAAAAAGAAAUUGAUUUGAAAAAGCAACUUGAAAGAUUAGAGAAUGAUCUUAGUUUUUCUCUGAAAGAGAAAAUAGCAGUACAGGAAGAGCUUAGUGAAAUAAAAACAAUAGAAGAAAAAAAGAAAUAUGAAGUUAUUGAGCUGGCAGAUAAAUUGAAAAGGUCUGAUGAGGAACUCCAGGCCUUGAAGCUGUCACAUUUUAAAGAACAGGAGAAUUAUGAGAAAAAAUUAGAGGAAAACAAAAAUGAGUUUCAACAAAAACAAGCUGAAUUUGAAAAAUUCAAAGGGGAUACAAUUACACAACUGGCUGAUUACCAGCAAAAAGCAGAAGCUUUAUUGCAAAUAAAAACUAGUGAAUUGAUUGAACAAUGCAGUGAAAAAAUUUCUUUUGUAAUAGUUAAAAUUGCUCACUGUCAGCAACAGACAAUAAAAAUUAAAGAAGGAAUAUUAAUUAAAACUGGUCAGAUUACAGACCUAAAAGCUCAGCUUAAACAAAUAACAGAGAGUCAUGUUACUUUAAACAGUAGUUUACAGGAGUCCAAAAAGCAUUUGGAGGAAAAGGAAAAAUUGAUGAUGUCUAUGAAAGUAGACACGGAAAAGCUUCUAACCGAAAAAGAACUAUUGCAAAAAGAAGGUUGUCACCAGCAGCAAGCGGCAACAGAAAAGGAAUCUUGUAUCACAGAGCUGAAGAAAGAAUUAUCUGAGUAUAGUAAUGUUGUCACUUCUAUGAGGGAGGAGCUAAAUGAGAAGAAAUCAGAAAUCACCGAUCUUAACAAGCUUGUUAGUGAAUUGAACCUCAGACUUGAGAAGAGCAUAUCAGAAAAAGAAGUUGCCACAGUGUUGUUAAACAAGCAGCACAAAGAAAACCAUCAGCAGUUACUAAAUGAGAUGGAAGUGUUAUCUUCCAAAGUUGAAACACUGAGUGAAGAAAAAGUUACUGCGCUGGAACAGGUAGACCACUGGAUGAACAAGUUGUCAGAAUGGAAGAAGAAAGCUCAAUUAAGAUUUACACAGAACUAUAAUACUAUUAAAGAAUUACAAAACAAGAUUGAACUGAGUAAUAACCAAGCUAGUGAAAAAGAAGAAGAAUUGAAUAGAAUGAAGGAAGAGUGUGAUAAACAAACCAAACAGUUAGAACAUUUAAAAAGCUUAAUGGAACAAAAGCAGAUCAGAAAAGAAAAACAGGAAUCUGAUUUGGUUGCUGAGAUAAAAAUCCAUACAGCAAGAAUUGCUGAAUUAGAAGAGCAUAUUGCUCGGAAAACAACAGAAAAUGAUUUGUUAAUGGAAGAAUGUAAAAAGUACCGUGACCAGGACAGUGAGCAAAAAGAAGUGGCACAACAACUUCAACAGGCUCAGGGGACACUAAUGGACAAGGAUAACAGGCUGAAGGAGAUGGAACAGAAAGUGCUAACUUUUGAGAAGAAAAUGCAGGUUAUGGAAAUUGACCUUGAAGAAAAAUCAAAAGAAUUUGAAGGAACAAAACUGGCUCUAAUGAAAACCAAAGAGGAAGAAUUAAAGGCUUUAGAAGAAAGGCUUAUUUCAGAAACAACUUCUAAAAUAGCAGAUCUGAAAAAAAAGGCUGAACAAAAAAUUGCUUCUAUUAAAAAGCAGUUGACAUCUCAGAUGGAAGAAAAAGAGCAGCAAUAUAGGCAAGACAUGGAAAAGCAGUUACAGCAAAAAUUGCAAGAAAAAGAAGAAAAAAUUACGUCUUUAGAAGAAAAGAUUAAAUCAAUAGACUCAGAGUUAGAAAAAGAGUUGAUACAGAAAGUAGAAACCAUAAAUGUUUCUGCAGAGCAAGAUAAAGUCCAUGCUUUAGAGAAUAUGCAACAGAUGUAUGAAUUAAAAAUUGAUAUUUUAAAAAAGGAUUUGUUGGAUAAGGAGAGGUUACUUGAGAGGUACAGUGAGGAAGCAAAUACAUCUAAUAUUUCAAAGGUGGAGGCUCAGAAGCAACAAGAGGAACUUCUUAAAAUGAAUCAAGAAUAUAAGAAUAAAAUAGAAAAUCUUCAACAAGAACUUGAGGAACAAAUUAAGAAGCAGGCUUCAUUACUUGAACAGCAUACCAAGUAUGAUAGUGAAUUAGCAAAUAUCAAAGUAGAAUUGAAAAACAAAGAAGAAAAACAACAAAAUAUGGAGAAUGUAAUUAAAGACUUGGAAAAAAAGCUGCAAGAAAAGGAGGAAGAAGAGCAGUCUUUGCAACAAAAGAUAUACCAUUUUGAUGAGGAUUUUAUGAAAGAAAGAGAACAGCACAGGAUUGAGAUGGAAAAUAGAAUUUCAGGAUAUGAUGAGAAAUUAAACAGACUGCAAGAGCAGGUGGAUGAAAGAAGUGGCCUUAUAAAAACUCUGGAAGGAAAUAUAGAAGAAAAGACUACAUCAGUCCUUGAACUUCAGAAGACACUUGAUGAGAUGCAGGUUCAACAAAAGGAUUUGCAAGCUACACUGAAACAGACACAGCAGGAGAAACAAGAACAGCACAGAGAUUUGAUUAAGCUUCAGAAAGAUUUGCGAACUUUGCGGAAGGAACAUCAGCAAGAGCUGGAAAUAAUGAAGAAAGAAUCUAUAGAAGAAAUGGAACAAAAAAUAAAAUAUGAACAGGAAGACAUUGAAUUGAAGCACAACUCCACACUAAAGCAGUUAAUGAGGGAAUUCAAUACCCAACUAGCACAAAAGGACCAGGAAUUAGAAAUAGCUGUAAAAGAAACUAUCAGUAAAGCCCAGGAGGUUGAAUCUGAAUUGAUAGAAAGUCACCACGCGGAGAUAGCUCAACUGCAUAAAAAGAUUUUAGAAAAAGACAAUGAUCUGCAAAGGACCGUGAAAAAGUAUGAAGAAAUACUUGAGGCUAGAGAAGAAGAAAUGACGAGAAAAGUAAAUGAAUUGGAGGAACAGCUGGGGAGAUUACAAGAGGACUACAAACAAAGAUUGGCAGAUGAAGAAAGUUGGAACAGUGAUGAAGUAACAAUAGCAGAACUUCAGGCCCAGCUAGCCCAAAAGACAACACUUGUUAAUGAUUCGAAGUUGAAAGAACAGGAGUUCAGAGAACAGAUUCACACACUACAAGAUAAGUUGAAAAAUUAUGAGAAGGCUGUGUAUGCCACAACAGUUGAAACACCGUAUAGAGAUGGGAACCUCUGCCAUUCGGAUGUCUCUCUUUUUGCUGAACCAACUGAGUUUGAAUACUUGAGGAAGGUGCUAUUCGAAUAUAUGAUGGGCCGUGAGACAAAGACAAUGGCAAAGGUUAUAACUACAGUGCUGAAAUUCUCUCCUGAUCAAACUCAGAAGAUCUUAGAACGAGAAGAUGCACGGACAGUGUUCACCUCACCUCGCAGUGGUAUCUUCUGAAUAAAUCAUCAAUCAGUGCUUUAGUUAGUACGUAGUCCUGGUUACGACCAUCAACUUGAAGAAUUUGCGACAUAUGCACUUUGUAACAGAUUACACAGCUUUGAAAUCUGAUCAUAUUUCCAAAUUAGCUCUUUGGAGCAUGGAGUAGACAAAAACUGUUAUUCAGAUUUCACGUGAAAGGAGCACAGCAAGGAAUGAUGGACUGAGAAUUGGGACUGUGAAUGUGGUUAAUUUAUUGUCUUUAAGAAAGAUUUUUGAUCAGGUGGCGCGUGCUUAACUUGGACACUAUUUUCAAUUUAGCUUUAGAUUUUUUAAAGAAAUCGAAGUAUUUUCUCUCAGUACAGCUUUCACAAACUAUCUUUAAAAAAAUGAAUGGUUCUAUUUAUUUUGUGGUGGGUUUUGUUUCAAAUAUUACAUAUUGUCUGAAAUAACUGUGCAAUACGCUUUGAGUGGGGAGCUGGCCUUGAUUUCAUAAUAAGUUAAGCUGCUGGAGCUAUUUUCCUCCUAUUGAUUGUUUAUUAAAGGCCAUUUCUGUUAAGCUUUUGCUUAUAAUGAAUCCAGAUUGCAGGACCUCAUUUAUUAAUUCAUAGCUUUUGUACUUAUAUUUUGUGGGAAAUAAAUUUACACUUCUGUAAGUUGUAAAUAGGUACUAUCUACUUGUAUUAUAAGUUGAUCUCUGAUUGUUGGCAGUGCUAAUCUUGCAGAGCUGGGAAAAAAAUAAAACCUCUAUUUACUGUA